UCAUUUUUUGCUUCCCGCGAUCGCGGCGACGCCGUCCGCGGCGUCGGGAGCGCGUCUGCUAGUGUCUUUACUACCGCUAGCUGCACUGGCAAGCCGCAGGACACAGCACAGCCGCGUUGCGCCGUUACUGGCGAGCUACCUCGCUGAGAGAUAGCAUUUCUGUCAUAUCAACGCCGCGCGAGCGCUGCGCUGACGCCGCCGCGCUGGGACUUACAUAAACACUUGUGCAAGGCAAGGCAGGCUCGCUGGCACGCUCUGCAAUAGCGCCGCUCGCUGCGAGACGCUCCCAGAAUCACUGCGCAAUCGCUGCGCUGAAACACCACAAAGAACACACCGCGCAAAGGACGAUGAUCUGCGUGCCCGGCGACGACGUCGCGCCGCUCCAGGACGGCCUCAUGCGCGGCCACGGCACCUACGCGCACUCUAAUCAGUUGGUGAGCUGCGGUGCUGGUAGGAUCGAGCGCGUGAACAAGCUCGCGUCAGUACGGCCCGUGAGAGGGAGGUACACGGGCUCCGUCGGCGAUUUGGUCGUCGGCGAGAUCGUCGAGGUCGCGCACCGGAGCUGGAAGGUCGACGUCGGUUCGACGCGGAAGGCCACGCUAGCCAUCACCUCCGUGACCCUCCCAGACGACGCGCAACGCGUGAGAACACAUGAAGAUACGCUCGCGAUGAGGGAAUUAUUCAAGGAGGGCGACGUCGUCGUCUGCGAGGUCCAGGCCGUGAACGCCGACGGCCAGCUGCAUUUGCACAUGAAAUCGAAUCGCUACGGUCUGCUCGAGAACGGCUGUGUCGUUCGAGUGAACCAGCACCUCGUGAGGAGGCUGAAGCACCACUUCGUGGAACUGCCGGACAUUAAUGUGGAGCUGUGCGUCGGGCACAACGGUAGGGUGUGGGUCCAGCGGGCGAUUCCGUCGCAGUGGAUCGAGGCGGAGGCGCAGGACGGCGGCGGCGGCGCGGGCGAGGCCGACGCGCUAUUGAGUGCGGAGGCGUGGCGAAGAGUAAGGAAGCGGCACAGCGCCCUGCCCCUCGAAGACAAUGAGAGGGAGGCGUGCUGCCGCGCGCGGAACGCGGUCGCGGUCUUGGGGAGCGGCGGCUGCGUCGUCGACGGCGACUCGAUUCUCAAGAUCUACCGCGCGUCGCUGGGCGACGCGCCGUCGAAGAUGCUGACGCGGGCCGUGGCUCAGAAACUCGUCGCGGACUUCCUCGGCGAGCGCGCGCCGGAGCCCAUGGACGAGGGGGAGGACGCCAUGCAGCUCUGACUCCAUCGCGGCGACGGCGUGCUGGCGCGGAUUUAGCGUGGCAUAUACGCCAUCGACGCGGAGGCUCGUCACCGGGGGCAGUUCUAACUACAUGUUUGUU